AUGACGACGGCGCCGGCGCUUCUCCGGGCCUCCACGCCGGCCCUCCGGCGCCACGGCCUCCUCGUCCUCUUGCUUCUGCUCAUCGGCGCUUCCGGUGUCGCGGCGCAGGGGGGUGGUGUGGUUCCUCCGCGGCGGCGGCGGCAGGUGGUGGACGUGGGGGUGAUCUUGGACACGAAGACGUGGGUGGGGAACAUGAGCUGGACGUGCAUGGAGCUGGCCCUCCACGACUUCUACGCCGACGCUGGCCACGCCGGCUACCGCACCAGGCUGAAGCUCCACCUCCGGGACACCGGCCCCGGCGCCGUCGACGCCGCGUCCUCAGGUCUUGAUCUACUGAAAAAUGUCCGAGUGCAAGCGAUUGUUGGGCCACAGACGUCAACUCAGUCUAAAUUUCUUGCGGAGCUUGGGAACAAAUCAAUGGUUCCAGUCAUUUCAUUCUCUGCAGAUUGCCCGUCACGAUCCGGACUAACUCCAUACUUCAUCCGGACUGCAUGGAAUGACUCCUCUCAAGCAGAAGCUAUUGCCUCACUUGUUCAGAAAUACAACUGGAGGGAAGUCGUCCCUGUCUAUGAGGAUGAUGAUGAUACCAAUAUCAAAUUCAUUCCCGACCUUGUUGAUGCCCUCAAACAAGUCGACACUCGUGUUUCAUACAGGUGCAAGAUUCAUCCUUCAGCUACAGAGGAUGAUAUGAAGACAGCUAUCUCAAACUUGAAACAGAAUUGGACAAGCGUAUUUGUUGUGCGUAUGUCGCAUGCUUUGGCUCAAAAGUUUUUCCAGCUUGCCAAAGAUGAAGGGAUGAUGACCCAGGGCUUUGUCUGGAUUACCGCGUAUGGCUUGACAGAUAUCUUUGAUGUGGUUGGUUCACCGGCACUUGAUGUGAUGCAAGGAGUUCUUGGGGUGAAACCUCAUGUUCAAGAUACCGUGGAACUUCAAAACUUUAGACAGAGAUGGCGCAAGAAGUACCGAUUACAAAAUCCAGGCACCUCAUUAAGUGGGCCCACAGUAUCUGGCCUCUAUGCUUAUGAUACCAUAUGGGCGUUAGCAUUAGCAGCAGAGAAGGCUGGAUUUGUGAAUUCAGACUUUAGGCCGUCUUUAACAAAGAAUGGUUCCACUGACUUUGACAGAAUAGGUACUUCAAAAGCUGCUGAAAAACUGCGAGGUGCACUCUUAAAGGUCCUUUUUUUUGGCAUCAGCGGGAAAUUUCACAUUCAAGACAUGCAGUUAGUAUCAUCAAACUACACAAUAAUCAACGUUGUUGGUCAGGAGAGAAGAGAAGUUGGUUUUUGGACUCCAGGAUCUGGCAUCUCUGGUAGUCCAAAAAUGAAGUCUGAUCUUAACACCAUCGUAUGGCCAGGAUAUAAUGAAACUGCACCCACUGCACCCAGAGGCUGGCUAUUUCCAACGAAUAAAAAUCUCACAAUAGGCAUGCCUGUGAAACCUGGGUUUGAAGAAUUUGUAGGAUUUGACAAUGGUACUGCCACGGGGUUCUGCGUCGAUGUAUUUGAGGCGGUAGUUAAUGACUUACCCUAUCAUGUACCCCGUCACUAUCGGGAGUUUGGAGACGGGAAAGGAUCGAGUAAUGGAACUUAUGAUGAGCUUGUCUAUGAAGUUUAUCUUAAGUCAACCAGGAAGAUCAGGACAAAUAGACCAGUAGGGUAUCAUUACACUCCUUCUGACAAGAAUUAUGAUGCAGUUGUAGGUGAUAUAACAAUCUUGGCCAACCGUUCUUCGUAUGUGGACUUCACUCUUCCUUACACAGAAUCAGGGGUACGCAUGCUGGUUCCAGUCCAGGACCGGCGACAGAAGACUGCAUGGACAUUCCUCAGGCCUUUGACAGCUGACCUAUGGUUAGGAACUGGGGCCUUCUUUGUCUUCACAGGUUUUGUAGUCUGGAGUAUUGAGCAUAGAAUAAAUCAAGACUUCCGAGGUUCCCCAGCCAGUCAAAUCGGAUCAGUCUUCUACUUCUCCUUCUCAACACUAGUAUUUGCUCACAGGGAGCAGAUCCUGAACAACUUCUCAAGAAUUGCAAUAGUUGUUUGGCUUUUCGUUGUGCUAAUAGUGCAGCAGAGUUAUACUGCAAGCUUAAGCUCGAUCCUUACGGUGGAGCAACUUCAGCCAACAGUCACAAAUUUAGAAGAAGUUGUCAGAAAUGGGGGCAAUGUUGGCUACCUCAAUGAUUCUUUCUUGCCUGGGCUUUUGAAAAGGUUGAAAAUUGAUGAAUCAAAGAUGAUUGCCUUUGACUCCCCUGUGGAAUACGAUGAAGCGUUAUCAAGUGGAAAAGUUGCCGUCAUUGUUGAUGAGAUACCAUACCUUAAGGUGUUCCUCUCAAAGUAUUGCCAGAAGUACACUAUGGUUGGACCAACCUACAAGUUUGAUGGAUUUGGUUAUGCAUUCCCUCGAGGCUCGCCACUCACACCUGAUAUUUCGAGGGGAAUACUGAAAUUCGCAUCGGAUGACCGAAUGGUUAAGAUGCAGAAAGACUUGUAUGGCGAGACUUCAUGCCCCGACAAAGAUGACUCCCAGACUUCAAGCAGCCUUACAUUGCAGAGCUUCCAGGGGCUGUUCAUCAUCAGCGGAGCAUCUUCAGUGCUGGCAUUAAUCCUGCACGCUGUCAUAACCAUUUAUAACAACCGACACGAAUUCAACAGUGACGGCAGUCAGAGUCCAUGGCGCAGAUGGCCUGCCAUUCUCUCCAAGCUCUUCCACGGGGACGACAGUCCUUCUAACACUCCAGAUAAAGAUGAAGCCGCAGCGGAAAAUGCUGGUAGUGCGGUUGAGACCCCACUAAGCAUACGCAUACCUAGUCACAUCGUCGAGCACAUGUCAGACACGGACACAGGAAGCCCACCAGAAGGGGAAGGAACACCAGGCAGGGAGCUCUCAGUUCAGGACACGGAACCGCUGUCGUUUGCUUACAUGCAUUCUGAGAGGGGGCAAAAUAGAGCAGCUUCCUUGUCUCGGAGUGGGAGCUCGAUCCGCAGGAGACAGAUUAGCAUGGAAUGA